AGAUUCUUGCAACAUGAGAAAUCAUUUGACCAAAGUACAAUGAUAUGAAGAAGAAAGCAAUAAGAGAUGGGAAAGACAUCUUGGUAUCUUCUGGUGCAGUUGAUCCUCUUCCAUCAGUCUGGGCAGUCAUGUGGUGUCUCCCCCAUCACUGAUGAUCCUGAAGAGCUUCUUGAUUUGUGCAUCGAUGCCAAGUACCACAAAAGCAAGCCUGGCCCUGAGGAUAAACUUCAUGCACAGUGUGAGUCAUGGAAAGAUCACUCAUGCUGCACCCACAACACAACAUUGGAGUUGCACGGUCUGCAGAUGUAUGGGUUUCAGUAUGACCACUGCCCUGGGUUUGGGGAUGGUCACCUCAGCCACAAAUGCAUGAAGCACUUCAUCCAGAAUAAUUGCUUCUAUGAAUGCUCUCCCAACAUUGGACCCUGGGUAGUGAAGGACACAAAGAAGAUUCGCAGGGAGAGGUUCCAACACGUGCCUCUGUGUGCAAUUGACUGCAACAGGUGGUUUAAUGACUGUCGGCAUGACUACACAUGCGUUGAGAACUGGGGAAGGGACUUCAAGUGGAUCAAAGGGAAGUCAUACUGUCCUGAUGGCUCCUCCUGCAGUACCUUCGAGAAAGUCUUCCACAAUUCAGCUUCAUUCUUUUGUGAAACGGUUUGGGACAAUGACUUCACCUAUACACCAGAUGAUGAACCAUGCAUGCGACUGUGGUUCACCCCAGAGUACAACCCAAAUAAACGGGUGGCACAGCUAUGGAAGAUGAGAAGUGCUUGUUGCUAUGUUGUUGUGCUCAUCCUCUUGCAUUUCUCUUGGUGCUCAUGGGGUUUCUCCCCCAUCACCGAUGAUCCUGACAAACUGCUCAACUGGUGCAUUGAUGCCAAGUACCACAAGAAGGAGCCCGGUCCUGAGGAUGUCCUCCACAAACAUUGUGAGCCAUGGCGGAAUCGUGCUUGCUGCACCCACAACACAACUGUGGAACUGCAUAACCUGGACAUGUAUGGUUUCCAGUUCAAUCACUGCCCCAAGGUCGGGGAGGGUCGAUUGAGCCCCGAGUGUGUGAAGCACUUCAUGCAGGACCUUUGCUUCUAUGAGUGCUCACCCAACGUUGGACCCUGGGUCAUCGAGGUCUGUUCCCUGAACAAUAUCGCCUGCACACCAGCAGACAACCCAAAGAAAAAUAUCCGACGGGAACGGUUUCUUGAUGUCCCACUAUGUGCCUCUGACUGCAACAGAUGGUUUGAGGACUGCCGUAAUGACUAUACUUGUGUUGAAAACUGGUCCCGGGACUUCGAGUGGACCAACGGAAAGGCCCGAUGCCCCAGUGGCUCCACCUGCCGUACCUUCCAAGAGAUCUACAAGAAUUCUUCCAACUUUUGUGAAAAGGUGAUUCCACUGUUGACAUACCUCUCCACUGCCGAAUUCUUCCAGGUGUGGGACCAUGACUGGAAGUACACAGCAGAUGAUGAGCCAUGCAUGCGACUGUGGUUCAGCUCAGACUACAAUCCAAAUGAACGUGUGGCACAGCUUCGAGUGCGGCAGCUGAAGGGUCACGUCGCAAGUCUUGGACUCAGUGCAGCAUCCUUGCCAUCCACCCUGCUCUACCUCCUUGUGGCCCUGUUGUACCACUAGUCACUGCACAGUGCCAUCUCUUCAUUCCUGUGAUAGGAGCACAGCAAAUUUUGCCAAGGAUCUGCAUGCAUGCAUUCUUGAGUUACCUGCAGUGACUGUUGGUUUCUUCCAUACAUGUUCAGUGAAUUAAGGUGACACAAGUCAUUGUUAGUCACCUGACCUUUUUUUUUUUUACCAUUUUACAUAGCAAAAUACGAGACCUGUUCACGCCUGAUUUGAACACUUUUCAAUUUGCAAGAAAUCCUUCAUUUAUUUUUGUACAAUGCCUUGCAAUGCUCGAUAGGCUUGCCAUGGUUUUUGUACACAGCUUGGCACCGGUAUUUCCAUUGGGGAAGGGCUCGCCGGAUCACGGAGAGAGGAAGUUUCUUCCAUUCCUCCUUGCAAGCUUUCCAUAGACCAGCCACAGUUGACACCCUACGACGAGUGAGGCACUGCUCGAGGACUCCAAACACACAGAAAUCCAUCGGAGCACAGUCAGAUGACUUCACAGGGAUAUGAGUGGGAGGAAUGGUGGCGAUUCCGGUUUCUUUCUCCAAUCUUCCCAGGAAAUCCACAGUCGAUUUAGAGAAGUGGCUGCUGGCCUUGUCUUGGUGGAACUUUACUUGGUUAGAUGCUUUCCCGUACAAGCAAGGAAUUUCUUUUUCAAACAUGGGCCUCAGUACUUGUUCUUGAUAGUAUUUGGAAUUGAUUUUGACCUUUUUGUCAAUCUUUCGGAGAUCCAGUUUGCCUCUGUAGCUCACAGCAGCGAUGAUCAUGAAUCCAGGUGAGAAACUCUCUGCCCUCUCUCGGUAAAGAAGUUCGACGGCCGCUGCCGACUUCUGUUGAUAGUAGAUGGCUCGUGUCUUGCAAUUAGAGAGAUGGAUUGGUGAUUCAUCCAGAGUGAUGACGUUUUUGUAUUUUUCACCAGAAAAAUACUUCUCAUAGAGCCGCCAACAAUGAGUCUUUCUUUCGCGGUUGUGUCUGGGGAGAAGCUUGUGGACUUUCCGUUUUCUGUGGGUUGCAAGGCACAGAUCUUCGUGGAUUAUUUGGUUGACGCAUCCAAGGCUUCUUCCAAGCUUCUUCGCCACUGCUCUUUGGGACUUUGGAUUUUCACCAAUGACCAUUUCACUGACUUUCUUGACCAUUGCCUUAGUCCUCACAGUCUUUGGCUGUUUUCUGACUGAGUCAGGAUAGCCAAGAUGAGCUGCCAACCGCUUUUCACCAAUGUUGUUGAUUACGUUGGAUAUUGAUCUGACUGAAACGUGCCAUCCGCAUUUUUGCAUUUCUUCUGAAUCACCCUGUAGGAGUUUCCCUCCAUGGAAAGGGUUUGUAUGACUGUUUCAACUUCUUUCGCCAGUGGUUUCAUUGUGAAUUGAAUUUUCUCACAAAGAGACUUGAAAACAACUUGCCAAGAAGUAAGUUCAACAAUGGAGCAAGGUCAAUUGUUUCAUCUGAUGGUAAGGAUGCCGUUACGGGGGGGGGGAAGUGUUCAAAUCAGGCGUGAACAGGUCUCGUAUCCAUGAAUCUCUUAUGAAAGGACAUGCAGUUUCCUGGCAACUUUUUCAUUUGCUGGUUCCUCUGUCAGGUGAAUAUGGUGUAGUUAUUCUA